GGCUAAAGGCUAUCCGAGGAAGAGGAGGAGGUGGCUGAGUGACCUAAAGAGUGUUGCUAGGCCGGUAGAGGGUUAUUGGGUUGUUGGAGGGGUCGACGUCUCACUUCGUUACUUUGUGAAUUUUGGUGAGAAAAUAAGGAGAGGAAGAAUUGAACAAGAAGACCUCUCCUCCAUUGUCACUUUCGUUCGAGAAGCCGGAGCCGGGAGAUUGUUGUGGGAGUGGGAGGUCAACUUGAUUGUUGUAAGGAAAACCAUGAUGAUACUUGCAAAAAGAUCUCUUUUGGUAGGAGGACUCUUGAUGGAUAAGUUGGCACUUAAGGUAGGGAUGGCCAUAAUAGACUUUUCUAUAAAAUAA